AUGUUUAUUACACUGAUUGUGUUUAUUGUUGUGCCUGCAGUUCCAAAGAACGAUCAGCGAGUCGUGGAUAAAGCCAAAAUGCCAGUGAAAUCCUCAGGCUUACAGCGCUCCAGUUCGGAUGCAGGAAAAGAACGUGGCGAGCACAGAAAACCUCCCUCUGGUCUCGUUCGUCCCUCCGCCGGCACGGUUAAUUCCUUCGGUUACAAGAAAACCGUUCCAACUACCGGCACCGCCACUGUGCUAACAACUAGUGGAAACACCGUCUCCGAAAACUCUGUGAUUGUCAACAAAACUCCUAAAACCUCUGGUAUCCCAGUGAAACCCUCUGCCGGCGAGGUGGGUGGAGGACGCAAGACCAGUCUUGAUGUGUCGAACUGUGAUCAAGGUUUCAUGGCUCCGAACGCACGCAACAACAUCCAGUAUCGUAGUCUCCCGAGACCUGCUAAGUCCAGCACCUUGAGUUUGACGGGAGGACGGCCGGGCGCUCGUCCCGUCAGCAGCAACAUGGACGCUGGUCUACAGGGCCUAAAAACAGUGCCCGCCCCGUCCAGACUGAAGGAACCAGGCAGUGUGAAGAGCUUCCAUCGGGCCAGUACAGGAGGAUGCGCUCCGGUCAACCAGACGGACCGGGAGAAGGAGAAGGCCAAAGCCAAGGCGGUGGCGUCUGAUUCUGAGUGUGGCGGAGGCGGCCUGCUAAAGAACGGCACAUUGACACCAACACAGAGCACGCUGGAGCCUCCUUCCAGACUACUUGGGCUUCGGCAACCAUCCAGCCUGGGCAAAUAUUCAGAGCUGCCCUCUCCCAACUCUCAGAGGCCCUCCAGUGCCAGAUCUCUGCCCAAACCUGCUCACCUGGACAAGGUCAACUCCAACAGCCUGGACUGUGGGAUAGUCAGCGUGGAGGACCAGCUUCCUCCCAAAGUGCCGCCCUUCUCCAAAUUACAAGAACUAUCAGGAAUUAGCAGCACAAGCUGUCUGACGCCCAGUCCAGCUCCCAUCCUCAACGUCAACUCCUCUGAGUGUUUCUCCAGCGCCACCAUGGGCCGAGGGGGCAGCGCUGGCGGCUCUCCCUCGCUCUACCCCCGCCUCUCUGGGCUGCACCGUAGCAUGGAGUCCUUGUCUCUGCAGAUGAGCGUGUCUCCAGCAGGGGGUGGCAUGACGGAGCCCAGGCCCAGACAUGAGGACAGAGGGACGGAUGGUGGCUGGUCAACAGGAAGCAGGGUCUCGCUCACACUCACAACAGACAGCUCACAAAGGGACAGAAAUACUCUCCCAAAGAAAGGCUUAAGCCAGCACAUCUCCUCGCAGGCUGAGGAGGACAGCAAAGAGAGACGUCACUCGCACACUAUAGUGAGCCUGACUGAGGCCAACAGCCCGCCGCAGUUCCCUUCACCCAUACUGACAGGAAAAACACCACUGAGGGGCAUCAUAGCACCCAGUCCCACCUCAGGAACGCCAAGAAUGACCAGAUCCAACAGCAUCCCCGCUCACGAGGCCAGUUUUGAGCUGUAUCAGGCCUCUCCUCUGGGCAGCACAUUAUCGCUCGCCGAGCGGCCCAAGAGCAUGAUCCGAUCCGGCUCCUUCAGAGACAGAGACGCCGGCGAUGACGUUCAUGGCUCAGUGCUCUCACUGGUGUCUAAUGCCUCCUCCAGCUACUCCUCAGCGGAGGAGAGAAUGCAGGGCGAGCAAAUCCGUAAGCUGAGGAGGGAGCUGGAGUCUUCACAGGACAAGGUGGCCAAUCUGACCUCACAGCUGUCUGCUAAUGCCAACCUGGUGGCAGCAUUUGAGCAGAGUCUGGCCCUCAUGACCUCUCGACUCCAGACCCUCUCUGUCAGCUCUGAUCAGAAGGACAGUGAAUUACUGGACCUUAGAGAAACAAUCGAGAGCCUAAAGACCAAGAACAUGGAGGCGCAGGCCGUCAUCCAAGUCGCACUCAGUAACCCAGAUGUUGCCCCCAAAGAGUUGCGAAUCAGGAGGCAGAACUCAUCCGAGAGCAUUUCUAGUCUGAAUAGCAUUACCAGUCACUCCAGUGUGGGCAGCUUGAAAGACGACGCCAAGAAGAAGAAGAAAAAGAGCUGGUUACGAAGUUCUUUUGGCAAGGCGUUCAGCAUUAAGAAGGGCGCUAAAGGUGGCUCCAUGUACUCUGAUAUUGAAGAGAUCGCCACUCCAGACUCUUCUGCACCCAACUCACCAAAACUGGGUCAUGAAGAUGGAGAGAACCUGCCCACUUCCCUCCCAUCCAGCCAAUCAGCCAACUCCUCUGUGAUCCAUGAAAGCAACGAGGAAAACGAGAGCGAUGAGAAGAUGGUGUCUGAGCUGCGGUCUGAGCUGUGGGAGAAAGAGAUGAAACUGACGGACAUUCGGCUAGAAGCGCUGAGCUCAGCACAUCAGCUGGAGCAGCUACAAGAGACCAUGAACAACAUGCAGAGUGUGGUGGAGAGUCUGAAGGCAGAGAACGAUCAGCUGAAAACAGGAAGUGCUCCGUCAUCCCUUGUCCUUCCUUGCAGCCCACCUUCUACUUCCACCUCCCAGCCGUCUGGUCUGGCCAGCCUCCUGAACUCCAACCAAACCAAACCACCCAUGAGCCUAACCAAGUCCUUUAGCCUCAGCCUCAAUGAGUGCUCCAACACUGACAUUGCUCCUAUGGAGUUACUGAGCCUGUCAUCUCAGAGGAAUGAGGUCUUUACGCGUGUGGUGGUCCGUAUAGCUGACCAGCAAGUGUCCAGAGAGGUGAGGCAGCAGGAUUUCUACAUCGGCUCUCUGAGGAUUCGUGGGAAAACUGAAUGGUCUAUGAUAGACACAGACAUCUCCACAGCUUUCAGGGUGAGAUCUCAUUCUGUGGUUCCUUACAUCAUUGGAACCACCAAUCAGUCUGUUAAGAUGCCAUCCAAUCAUGGCCUGCAUCUCAGCUUCAGAAUGGUCACCUUCUCCAACAACGUGGAGCCUGCAAAUGGUUUCCUAGUGCGUUACUUGCACAGGAAGUUGAUCGAAACGGAGGAUGAAAGCACAGUUCACAGCGCUGAGGUGCUGAGGGUUCUGGACUGGGUGCCUAAACUCUGGUACCAUCUCCAUACCUUCCUGGAGAAACACAGCACCUCUGACUUCCUCAUAGGUCCCUGCUUCUUCUUGUCUUGCCCAGUAUCAUUAGCAGAGUUUCGCUUCUGGUUUAUUGACCUCUGGAACCAGUCCAUUAUUCCGUAUCUUCAGGAGGGAGCUAAGGAUGGUGUGAAGGUCCAUGGUCAGAAAUCAGCAUGGGAGGAUCCAGUGGAGUGGGUGAGGGAUACGCUGCCCUGGCCUUCAGCUCAACAGGACCAGGCCAAACUCUUUCACCUCCCUCCGCCAACCCCUGGCUCCAAUUCUGUUCCAACACAGCAGCCGAGUGACGACAGGGUCACGUCCAACAAGGAGACGUCUCUGUCCACAAUGGAGUCCGAUCCACUGAUGGCGAUGCUGCUGAAACUCCAGGAGUCUGCCAACUACAUAGAAUCACCCGAACGGGACAUUUCUGGCAACCCCACUUUCUAGGCUGAGCUAAAAGACUUGAGAGCUUUACUAAUGGCUAGUGCUGUUACAAAACACUGUUCUGUACAGCUGAUUUGCACCUCCUGUCUCCUUCAAAAGGCUUCUGAGAGUCGAGAAGAGAAACGCUCAAGAACAACCAUGUCAAGGCAGACAAAACUCUAAGUCUGAAAGAAAAACAGAAGAACUGAUCCUGCCAGAUCUAUGCGAGAAUAUUUUUUGCACUGUUGUCUUAACCGGUCCUUCCUUUGCUUAUUUAACCUGCAAGUGGCAUGGCAAUACUUGCAACUGGGGAUUGUGAAGAUUGGACGAUUGUGAAGAUGAAAUGUUCUUGUCUAUCAUACUGGGAACAAAAUGUGCUCCACAGUUGUUUGAUAUUACUUUUGACCAUAUGGACCAACAAUCUAUUUAUUCUUGUUUGCAAAAGUACCAACACUCCAUCCUCAAGAUCAAGUCGCCUGAACCAUGUACACAAAGGUGCAGUUACAUUCAGACCAUCUCGCAUGGAUGCAAAAUGUAAUUUACAAGAUGGUGCUUAGAAUUCAGCCUUAAAUUAUGUCCCUCCAUAUAUCAUAAAAUCAGUUCCAUAGCAAUCAGAAUAUUACUCUAUAUUACCUCACAGUUUGCAUAGUGAUGCAGUUAUAAGGUGCAGUACAUACCCAUAGCCAGGUUGCAUUCAUUCCUAUCAAACAUGCAGACAUCAGACAGAUGUAGACUGUAGAGGAUGCACUUUGAUUCGUAGCUUUCAAUCAAGAGCACUGACUGGUUGUUCAAGACUCGUAUGUUGUUCGCUCCAGUGGUGAGUUGCAGCAACAAAACAACCAGAAUUUGUGAGAGUUUGAGGCGACAUGAGUAAUAGAGACUCAUCAAGUUCAAUUAUAUGCAAACGUCAUGUGAUCUGCCGCCUGAUAUUGUUGAAAAAAGUUGCUGGAUUAAGGUGACACUUGGAAAUGCAGCAAAGCUGGGAAUGACUGCAGUAGGGUUCAUGUGAUCCACCGCCUGAUACAGUCGGAGGGCGACCUCAGGCAAAUAAAUAGCUGUCAGUUAUAACAAAGGUGCUGUUACCGGUGCAUGGGAACAGUAUGCAACAUCUUACUUUCAGUAAUCGUUUAUGUGAUAGUGCUUUUGACCUUAAGGUACUGAUAUACUUCAUUUUCCAUGUUUCCACACCAUUGAGCAUCCAAGCCCUUCAAAGUAAACUUGAGCGUUGUGACCGUGAGCAUGUUCUAGUAAGCCUUCAAGCACUCAAAUCUCUUGCGCAAUCGCUGUUGUCCAUGCACAAGUCCAUGGCAUGCAAACACAAAAAAACGGGCUGCACACGGAUGUUGUGCACAGACAAGAAUUGCUUAACAUGGACUGUGCGAGCCAGAGCGAAACAUGGACAAGUGAAGUAUACUUUCAACUUUAGCUCCAGUACCCAAGGUGCUCAUUGAUCAUCAAGAUAACCAAAGGCUUUGUUCUCACUGACACCCCAAACCCAAUUCACUUGGCUUUGUGCUAAUGUAGCAACUAAUGUAGGGCCUGUUUCCACCUGGCAUUAACGUGUUUCAAAUGCAUCUCUUGUUUUUGGAUUUUGUUGAGAAACUCCCCUUUUAUUUUGGGAUACUCAACAUCUUUUUUGCAAGAGUCCCAAGUGUGGCACACAAAUACUAUUAAAUGAAGGAAACCAUGUUGUGCAGCUUAUGAGCGAGCAGGAAUGUAAGCAAAUGAAAAAGAUACAGAUUGCCAACACCACGAAGUUUGAAUGACUUAUUUUGGUGCACUUUCUCUCAACACGUCCCAGAACAAUCAAGUGUUAGUUGAGCAGGUGGCAAGAAGGUGAUGCUUCACUUCAGUUCGGAGCAAAAUGAGGAUUCAUAUUAUUAAUGUGUAAAAACAUUUUUGAUUUCCUCUGUAUGCGGUUUCAGUGAUCCGAUCACCGUUUUAGACCAUGUUUACACUUGCAUUUAGUGCCUAACACUUGUGAUCGGAUCAUCAAAAAUGCAUAUUAACACAAGGUGGAAACAGGGCUGUAAAUAUACUGGAUAUUGGCUCCACUGCCUGAACAAAUGAAGCCAAUUUGAGCUGCUGCAAAAUAAGAUGUAGUUAGAUUGGUUUCGAAAACAAAUCAGGAUUGUUUGCAGUGUGAACAAAGCCAAAAUGGUUUAAACAAUUUGUUAUGUCUGGAGGAGGUUUAGCAAUUUAUGUUUGGCCUUUGUUAUGUCUAGAGUUUCAAAGCUAAAUCACAUCAGUGUUAGCUCAUGGUUUUACACACACUUCUGUCUUUUGGUCUUCUGUAGAACAAUGUAGCCAGUUUUGGAAAUGCGUAAUUGUUUUUUUUAUUAUUAUUAUUUCUGGUCAUUUUAAAUCACAGGAUGACCCCAUAUCAGGGUCUUUUACAAACUCUCAAAUCAUUCCAGUAACAAUUGUAAUAAUAGAAUAUCUUGCAAUUCAACACAGCCUAAAAAAUAUCAAUGGUGGAUUGUAACUCAUUAAUGCGUUUGCUAUUGGAUGAUUACAGGUGCUCCAGAACUGUAUGUGCAUGAAAGCUUUAACUGAGGAAAAUUAUAGCUAAAAAAGGCACCUUACCAUGAGACGCCAAAGGAUGUGUUGGCAACCAGUCUACAAGAGCAAAGUGAUCUUUUUCAUAAAUUACCAAAUUUAAACUGAAUUUCUCUUGUGCAUGUACUAACCGAUUAGUACUAGCGCUAUACCAAUGUCAGAUGAAACGUAAUCUGAGAAUGUAAAUUGGAUCAAAACUUCAGUUUGCCAACAUACCUAGUGCUCUAGAUGAUGCUUGCUGACUCUUGUGCUCGUGUUUAAGUGUCCUGUUACUGUCAGACGUAGCUCUCCAAAUGAAUAACCAGAGGAGCAUUUUUUAAGGUCUUUUUUCUAUGUUUUUUUUUUUUACUAAAGGAUCUGAGUCUGACAUUUGUAAAUAGAUUUUCAAAAAAAAAUUGCCAAAAAAAAAAAAAGCAAACAAAAAAGGUCUAUUGUAGAACAAACAGAGCAAGGAUAAAAUAUAACAACUACUGUAUAAACUGAAUGUGUCUGUUUAGAUAUACAUUACAGCGAGGAUCGCGGUCAUCUCUCAGUUAUCACCUUUCCUGUAGAGGCAAGUUAACUGCCACAAAGUAACUAGAUCAUGUUGCCUAUGUACGUUAUUCACUAUAAAAGUGUCCUCUGUAUUCUCUUCCGGAUCGUACAAGGUAUUGAAUGGCUUUUACGAUUGAGUUGGCCAUAACAACCCAUAAAAAACAAUAAAAAAUAAGUGGCAGCGGUGCUUCAAAUCACACAAGUACCCCAAAAUCUGUCUUAACAGCUCAUCGUAUGAUCAUAAACUUCCCUUAAUCGCUUUAAGAUAGUUUGGGGCUUUGGGGAAGAUUCCCCGGUGUUUGUCAUGAAAAUGUGCCUAAUAUAAGCCAACUCGUUGGACAUUGCAAUACCUAAA